UGACCGUUUGCUGACCGGAGAACCGCCGCCGCCAGCAUGGGCUGCGCUUCGAGCAUGUGCAGUUCCGGGACCCAGACCGUGUACCCGGGCGCCCGGGACUCCGAGGACGCGCAGGACCCCGCGGCGCUGCUGCCUCCGCCGGGCGGGCCGGGCGCCCUGGUCCCUCUGGAGCCCGAAGCCUUGGCCACCACCAGCGGCGCGCUCCCCGCGGACCUCCCCCAGCAUCGCGACUGUAAGAGACGAACAUCUCACGUGCAGUUUGGCCCCAUGAGGUUUCAUGCAGAUCAACUCCAGGUGCUUUUAGUGUUUAUCAAAGACGACAGCCAGUGUAAAGGAUUUCGUAAGGCGUGUGAAAAAGCAGGGUUUAAGUACAUGGUGGCCCUGGAGGUCCAGGCUGUCCUGACCUGUUUCCUGGCUGCAAAUCAUGACAUCAUCAUCAUCGACCACAGAAACCCCCAGCAGCUGGACGCCCUGACGCUGUGCAGGUCUAUUCGAGCAACACAAGUUUCAGAAAACACAGUUAUUGUUGGUGUAGUACGCAGGCGGGAUGGAGAAGAGUCUGUGAUGCCCCUCAUUAGUGCCGGCUUUACAAGGAGGUACGUGGAGAACCCCAGCCUCCAGGCCUGUUACGUGGAGCUGCUGCAGCUGGAGUUUGGAGAGGUGCGGUCACAGCUGAAACUCAGGGCUUGUAAUUCAGUAUUCACUGCACUAGAGAAAAGCCACGACGCCAUUAAAAUCACCAGUGAGGACAACUACAUACAGUAUGUAAAUCCAGCAUUUGAAACAACAGUGGGCUAUGCGUCGGGUGAAUUAUUAGGGAAGGAGUUAGCAAAAAUGCCUCUAAAUGAGAAAAAGGCUGACUUGUUCAGUACUAUAAAUUCAUGCACGAAGAUGGGCAAGGAGUGGCAAGGCGUUUACCACUCCAAAAGCGGAGAUAACGUAUCACAGAAUGUGAAGAUAAUUCCUGUCAUUGGACAGGGAGGCAAAAUUAGACACUAUGUGUCCAUCAUCCGGAUGAGCAGCGGCAACAGUAAGGCUGAGAAGAUCAUGGACUCCGUUCAUUCUGACGCUCCCACAGAUAAUCAAUCAGGUAAACAUAAAGACAAGAGGAAAAGCUCCCUGGAUGUCAGGAGUGUUGCCUCACGAGCAAGCGAAGUGGCCAGCCAGAGGCGACACUCCUCCUUGGCCCGGAUCCACUCCAUGACCAUCGAGGCGCCCAUCACCAAGGUGAUCAAUAUCAUCAGUGCUGCCCAGGAGAACAGCUCCAUGCCUGUGAUGGAAGCCUUAGACCGCGUCCUGGAAAUUCUGAGAACCUCGGAGCUGUAUUCACCACAGUUUGAGGCGAAGGAAGGGGAUCCUCACACCAAGGACCUCAUUGGGGGCCUGAUGUCUGACGGUUUUCGAAGACUCUCUGGGAAUGAGUACACUCUCUCCACAAAAAACCUGCAUCAGAUUUCGGGCAGCUUACUCACCUCCGAGUCCCUCCACAACAUCCCACCGCGGGUAGCUGAGGCCAUGGAAAACGAUGACGACUGGGACUUUAAUGUCUUUGAACUGGAGACUGCCACCCAGAAAAGGCCUUUGACUUUUCUUGGUCUCAAAAUCUUCGCUCGCUUUGGGGUCUGUGAAUUCUUGAAGUGCUCGGAGACGACGCUGCAGCUGUGGCUGCAGACUAUGGAAGCCCAUUACCACUCCUCCAACCCCUACCACAACUCCACCCACGCCGCCGACGUGCUGCACGCCACUGCCUACUUCCUCUGCCAGGACAGGAUCAAGCAAGCGUUAGACUCCGUGGACCAGGCCGCCGCCCUCAUCGCAGCCGCCGUCCACGACCUGGACCACCCGGGGAGGACCAACCUCUUCCUGUGCAACGCGGGCAGCCCGCUGGCGGUGCUGUACAAUGACUGUGCCGUGUUGGAGAGCCACCACGCGGCCCUGGCCUUCCAGCUGACCGCCAGGGAGGACAAGAGCAACAUCUUCAAGAACGUGGAGAGGAAUGACUACCGGACGCUGCGCCAGGCCAUCAUCGACAUGGUCUUGGCCACAGAGAUGACCAGGCACUUCGAGCACAUCAAUAAGUUUGUCAAUAGCGUCGUCAAGCCCUUGGCAGAGCUGGAGGAAAGCGAGGGGAGUGAGCCAAACCCUCCUGACGUAGACACGAUGCUCCGGUCUCCAGAGAACCGGACUCUGAUCAAGCGGAUGAUGAUCAAGUGCGCGGACGUGUCCAACCCCUGCCGGCCCCUGGAGCAGUGCAUCGAGUGGGCUGCACGCAUCUCGGAGGAGUACUUUUCUCAGACGGAAGAAGAAAAGAAGCUGGACUUAACUGUGGCGAUGCCAGCUUUUGACCGAAACACCUGCAGCAUCCCCAAGUCCCAGAUCUCCUUCAUCGACUACUUCGUCACAGACAUGUACCAUGCUUGGGACGACUUUGUAGACCUACAGGAGUUACUGCAGCACCUGGACAACAAUUUUAAAUACUGGAAAGGACUCGACGAAAAGAAGCUGCGGGGCGUCCGACCACCUCCUGAACCAAAAUAGAGAAGGCUCCUUCUGUCUGAAACUGGACCUCUGAAACUGCUCUACUCGCCUGAUGUACUUUGCCAGCGAUUCUACAAAUUAAAAGAAAUUAGGACUGAACACUUUUUCAUAAAAUUUUAUUAAUGACUUUUUCCAGAAGUUUGCCUUAUUUUGUAGUGUUUAUACCAAAUAUUGUCAUAGAAACAUAGCAAACAGAAUAUUUACUAAAUUGACUUUUUAAAACCAAUCUGUUUUUAUCUUCAUAGGUAAUUUUUAAUUCUAGAUAUUUAUAAAGGUUCUGUAUCUUCACACUUUCAAUAAAUGUAGUACCAUAAAAAAUGA